AGGGAGAGAGGGAGACAGCCACAGCCUCCUGCCCCUGACACAGCUGGGCCAGCCACGAAAGUCUCCACAGCAUGUGGGAACUCCGGUCCAUAGCCUUCUCCAGGGCCGUGUUUGCAGAGUUCCUGGCCACACUCAUUUUUGUCUUCUUUGGCCUGGGCUCAGCCCUCAACUGGCCUCGGGCCCUGCCCUCUGUGCUGGAGAUCGCCAUGGCCUUCGGCUUGGCUAUUGGCACCUUGGUGCAGGCCCUGGGCCACGUCAGCGGCGCCCACAUCAACCCUGCGGUGACUGUGGCCUGCCUGGUGGGCUGCCACGUCUCCUUUCUCCGAGCUGCCUUCUACGUGGCUGCCCAGCUGCUGGGGGCCGUGGCAGGAGCUGCUCUGCUCCAUGAGAUUACACCAGCAGACAUCCGAGGGGACCUGGCUAUCAAUGCACUCAACAACAACACAACAGGUGGCCAGGCCGUUACUGUGGAGCUUUUCCUGACCCUGCAGCUGGUGCUCUGCAUCUUUGCCUCUACAGAUGAGCGUCGUGGAGACAACCUGGGCACCCCUGCCCUAUCCAUUGGCUUAUCUGUGGCCCUGGGUCACCUCCUUGGGAUCCACUACACUGGCUGCUCCAUGAAUCCUGCCCGCUCCCUGGCUCCAGCCGUUGUCACCGGCAAAUUUGAUGAUCACUGGGUAAUGCAUGAAACCUCCCUGCUUUUCCUCCCCUCCCCCAGAAGCCCUUCUCAGCGAGGGCUGGAGCAGAGUGGGGUGGGGGCCCAGCAAACCCUCCUGGGCCCCGGGGUCCCACCCUGCGGGUCCGCUGCUGACAGACUCAGUGUCCCCGUCUGUGGGUGA